CUGAUGGGUGAAGGUGUUGGCUCCGUGGCAGCGUGGCCUGCUGAUUCUGCAUUUUCCUUAAAUGCCGGGAGUUUUCGGUUUCUUUAUUAGCUAACAACAAAACUUUUCGCAGUUGCAUCGUGAGUUUUAAAAGUGCUGUUUUCCGUGCGAGGUGUUGGAGGUGGCAGGCUCUGUUGAAAUCCAGGAGGUUCAGAGCCUUUGCUGGCUGCCUUUCCUGCCGGAUUCUCCAGCUUUUACAACCGAACCACGGGCUUAAAACCUGUGUCCCAGAAAGGAGUAAACAGGAAAAAAGGGACAUUGCCGUAAUAAAGUCUAUGCUUGAAUAGAGACAGAAAAAUGAACUUCCUCCCUCACUUCUUUAUCUGAGAUACUACUUCUAAAGUAUUUUUAAAAAUCCCGGAGUGAGUUUUAAAUUGAUAGAAAUCACUUCAGGUAUCUGAAUUUUAAUGCCUGAAAGUAAAAGCAGCAUGCCUGUUUUUAAAUCUUGGUUGUAAUCCCUUAGAAUCUCAUAGUAGAUUUACAUUGAAUGUUGAUGUCUUAAAUUAUAAAGACAUACUGAUAGCGUUCUUUUAUUUACCGUAGUGUAAAAUUGUAUUUCCUUAUUUUAAAUAUAACUUGUUACUGUAUGAAAUGUAUUCAUAGAUUUCUGUGUAGUAAAGUACACCAGGCCAAGAGCUGAUGCUGUAACUUUCAAAAUAAUUAUCACCUUUAUUGCAGUUUUCAGCCAAUCUGAAAUUAUGGCAGUGGAUGCUUUUGUGAAAACUGCAAGACUGAAACAGAAAUUGAUGAGACUGUGAGCAGCUGCAGAGUGUGGGGUGGUUUGGGUUGGUAAAUGACUUAAAACAGUUCUGUUUAAGAUAGGAGGACAUGACAGUGUCCUGUCCUUACAGAGUUCUCUGCAAGCAGUGUUUUAUUAAGCAGACUCUUGGGCCCUGGGGCUUGUUGUGCCAGAACAGCUGUUUUAUUUCAGAGGCUCCUUCACAAAGUGCUCGGAGUGGAAGGGCAGCCUGUCAGUGCUGCACUCUGCAGAAAGCCCCGGGACACAGGGCUGAGCUGAGAGCUCACAGCCCCUCUCCAGCCUGUGCAGUGUGCUUUUAAAACACGGGGAAAACAAUCUAAACAAGGCAGGAGAGAAAUGAAACUAGAGUGGCUUUUCACUUUCUCUGGUGACACAAUUGUUUUUACUGAACUCUUGUCCAACAUCUGAAGUUUACAGAUUAGGGCCUGCUGAUUUGGUGCCCCAGUCUUGAAUAAAACACAUUCUUGAUACUGUGAUUAUUUUGCAUUCUACUCCUCUAACAUAUCUCUCUUUUCUGUUAAAAUUGUCUGCAGAAGAUGCUGAAAGGACAGGGGACAUUCGAUGGGGAAGAAAAUGCUGUAUUAUACCAGAACUAUAAGGAAAAAGCUCUGGACAUAGAUUCUGAUGAAGAGUCUGAGCCCCAGGAGCAGAAGUUGGAUGACAAGGUUGUUUUUCCCUACAAGCCCCUGAGGUCGACGUGGAGCCAGCUCUCUGUGGUGAAGAAGAACGGCCUGUCAGAAGCCAUCAGCCAGGAGGAGAGGAAAAGGCAGGAGGCAAUAUUUGAGGUGAUAUCUUCUGAGCACUCCUAUUUGCUGAGCCUGGAGAUUCUGAUCCGGAUGUUUAAAAAUUCCAGGGAACUGAGCCUCACAAUGACCAAAACAGAGAGCCACCACCUCUUCUCCAACAUCACAGAUGUUUAUGAAGCAAGCAAAAAGUUCUUUGAGGAGCUGGAGGCGAGGCACCAGAACAACAUUUUCAUCGAUGACAUCAGUGACAUCGUGGCGAGACACGCGAGCUCCACCUUCGACCCCUACGUGAAAUACUGCACCAACGAGGUGUACCAGCAACGCACCCUGCAGAGACUGCUGGCCACAAAUCCAGCGUUUAAGGAGGUGCUGUCCCGGAUCGAGUCCCACGAGGAUUGCAGGAAUCUGCCCAUGAUCUCCUUCCUCAUCCUCCCCAUGCAGAGAGUCACUCGUCUCCCCUUGCUGAUGGAUACUAUUUGCCAGAAAACCCCCAAGGAUUCAGCAAAAUAUGAGAACUGCAAGCAGGCUCUGAAAGAAGUCAGCAAGCUCGUGCGGCUGUGCAACGAGGGCGCCCGCAAGAUGGAGAGGACCGAGAUGAUGUACACCAUUAACUCCCAGCUGGAAUUCAAAAUCAAGCCAUUUCCACUGGUUUCCUCUUCACGGUGGUUGGUGAAGAGGGGUGAAUUAACAGCAUAUGUAGAAGACACUGGACUUUUUUCCAAAAGAACCUCUAAGCAGCAGGUGUACUUCUUCCUCUUCAACGACGUCCUCAUCAUCACCAAAAAGAAGAGUGAGGAGAGCUACAACGUGACCGAGUACUCGCUGCGGGAGCAGCUGCUGGUGCUGCCGAGUGUCGGGGAGGAGCCCUGCCCCUCUCCCGGCAAGAACGCGGCCGGGAUGCUGCACUCGGGCAGGAAUUCUGCAUCACACCUCUUCAGACUCGUGCUCCUCAGCAACCACGCCGGGGACAGGGUGGAGAUGCUCCUGGGAGCAGACACUCAGAGUGACAGAGCCCGCUGGGUCACGGCGCUGGGCCACGACAGCGACGGGCAGCACACGGACAGGACCACGCUGGCUCAGGUGGAGAUCAUCAGAACGUACACGGCCAAGCAGGCGGAUGAGCUCUCGCUCCAAGUCGCUGAUGUCGUUUUGGUUUAUCAAAAAGUGAACGAUGGCUGGUACGAGGGGGAGCGGCUGCGGGACGGCCAGAGGGGCUGGUUCCCCUCGGAGUGUGCCAAGGAGAUCACCUGCAGGACCACCCUGGACAAGAACAUGGAGCGCAUGGGGCGCCUGCUGGGGCUGGAGACCAACGUCUAGCCUUGGCCUCAGCCUCAGCCUCAGCCU